AAAAUGUUUCAAACUAAACGUAUCCUCAACAACUACACUAUUGUUAUAAACAUAUUACGAAAAUAUGCCGUCAAACCACAGCUUAAAACCUUCUCCCAAAAAAAGCAGCAUUAUGGUAACUUGUUUCCCGAUAAGUUGUUGAAUAAAAAGCAAAAGACACCAUCCUACAUGUACAUCACAAAUGAGAAGACUGCUCAUGAGAUCGAUCAACACUUGCAACCCUUCUUCAGGCAAAGUCCCUGUGACACAAUAUUGGAAUUAAAUCCUGGCAUUGGAGCAUUUACUCGUCGACUGUUGGAUAAUGAAGAGAAAUUCAAGAAAAUAAUUUUAAUGGAAUCUAUGGAUUAUUUUAUGAAUAAUCUACAAGAAAUGCAUACAUUAUAUCCAGAUCGUGUUAAGGUUAGGCAUGGAGAUUUGGUAAACAUUUGGAAAUUGGUCUAUCAAGAUAAAAUGGACAAUGGCUUGAGGGUACAAGAAUUAUUGCGUGAUAUCCCAACUAGGCCAUUUGAGGAGGAUCCCAAUAUCUUGUUAUUUGGUGUUGUGGGUUCUUAUCAAUUUUUUAAGCAUCUUGUCAAUUCUAUAAUAUUUCAAAAUAGUUUCAUUAAUCUGGGCAGAGCUGAGAUGUAUUUUGUUGUACCACCACCCAUAUAUUUGCAUUUAACAUGUACAAGUGAAAUUGGUUACAUGAUCUAUAGAUCUACGUCUAUUUUAUUUCAAAUGUUAUUCGAAUAUCGUUUUAUAGCUCGUUUGCCAAGAGAUGACUUUUUGCCCACACAAUCUGAAUACAAUUUUACGAAAGGAAGUAAAUUAGGCAGGGUACGUUCCGUAAAUCCCGAAUUUUUAUACUUGGUGAGAAUCGUACCUCGAAGGGAUAUAUUCAACUAUGUAGCUCCUGAAAAUUUACCAGCUCUAUGGUAUUUUGUAAAACAAAAUUGCGUUAGCAGGCGAAACCGCAUCAUACCGAAUCUUGAGAAAUGGAUACCGGGUUGUGGGCCUCGCUUAAUUAUUAAUGCCGAAAAAGCUAUACCGUCCGUGCCGCUAUACGACGAUGAAGAUGUGGCAAAAUUACCAAAAUAUUCAUCGCGUUGUUCUACCAUAAGUAAUAAUGACUUCUAUCCUAACAUUAAUAUCUAUACACAAUUUGGUGAUUUAAACGCGAGUCAGAUGCUAACACUAUUUUCGCUAUUCCGCAAAUGGCCCGAAUACCAAGACAGUUCAUUUUUGGCUUCAUUCGAAAAUAGUAUGCUAAAAAUGGAAGCCUCAGCUGAAGAGUCUGUAGAGGGAAUAGCCGAAGAGGAUGACGAACAGCCCGUUGAACAAUCUCACGAAGAGGAAACAUUAAAAACAUCUGAAACAGAAGCUAAACAUACAAUAAAAGAAAAAUAAUGGAAUUUUAUUAUGUUAAAUUUAUUGUCUUCUAUAAGUCUAUUAUACAUUUUUAUUGUUAAAGUUAAAUAUGUAAUAGUUUAUUUUUGUUAUAAAAAAAAUUAAGAAAACCA